AGCUUAUUCCUUUGACUAACCAAAGGAUAGAAUAAAAUUCUUCUUACACAAUUCUCAGCUUUACAGAGUUUCUUGGGGAAACCAAGAUCGGAGUUAAAAAACAGAAAAAGCUAGCAAUCAAGAGAGCUGAGCUGCUAUGGCCGUCGCAGAUGCAUUAUUCAUAAGGGAUCUUGUAAGCGGACUAGAGCAAUCAGUGGAGGAAAACAGGUUGUUUCUAAUCGGGAUAAAGUAUGAGAUCUAUGAUCUGGUGAAAGGCCUCAAAUCCUUCAGCGCUAUUCUCCAUCAGGCAUCCAAGAAUCAAAGAGCCAAAUAUGCUCUCAAAGACAUCAUGGACAAGAUCCGAAAGGUGAUAAGCGAUGCCGAACACACAAUCUGUAUGUACUCUGCGGAGAGGAAGAAGCGUACAUCCGAAACGAAUUGUAUUCAACGUUUUGCUGGAGAGAUCCAAAGCAUCAGAGACAGGGCUAAGAAAAUCAAGGAAGACUACUCCGAAGCUGUUAGGGUCCUCAUAUGUAAUGCUCCCAUUACUGAUGUAUCAGUAGAGGAGCCUGUAAACCGGCUAGAUGAAGUAGUAGAAGAAAACGCAAAGUUAAUAAUGGAGAUAAAGGAUGAGGUGGACGACGUGGUGGUGGACCUCAUAAUCAUCACUGCGUCCCUGAAAGAACUGUUAAAGAGGCAAGGAGCCGAAAACAGCGAUGCUGUAAAAGAUGUGGUGGGCAAAAUCUGGAACGCGGUAAGUAAUGCAGAGGACAUGAUCAGUGGGUACAUUUUGGAGAAGGAGAAGCAUAAAUGGGUGCCGAUAAACUUCAGGGUCAGUGGUUUUGCUAAAGAUAUCCAACCUAUCAGAAGCCAGGUCUACCAAAUCUAUUCGUUUAUUAGCUAUGUUAGCUAGUUAGCUAGAGCUAUGGCUUCUUUGUAUUAUCUGCAGCAGUUCUUUCGUAGGAGCACAUCAAAACUUUAAACAACUGUAGUUGCAGAAUAGAAUGCUGUUUAGCUAGCUUGCAAUUUCACAUUGUUCAUUGUCAAUGUAUUAGUAUUUGAUAUACAUAAUUUUUCCAAUAUGAUGAUGGAGCGUUUGAUUCAUGCA